AUGGGAGGAUCUGCUAGUAAGAAUUUAGAAUAUUACAAUUAUACAAGUAUGAGGCUUUUAGAUACAGAAAAUGAGAAAGAAGAAGAGUAUUAUAAAGAGAACGAUGUUGAGGAAAUAAUUAAAAAGGCAAGAGAAAUAAGAAACUAUAAUUUUAAAGAAUCAUUGGAUUUAUAUUUCAAAUCCUUAAGGAUUUUGAAAAAAUUAAAGGAUAAUAACUCAAUAAUAUAUAAAAAUGUACUAGAAUUUGAAAUAAGGCCAUUAGAUGUAACAAAUGAUUCAUUAAAAUUAGAUUUAAAAAAUUUAGGAGAAAAAAAUAAACGUUAUGAUUCGUCUUCAUCAAUUACCAAUGAUAAUGUUUCAAUAAAUAAAAAGAUCGCAUCAUUGUAUAAUGAAAUAGGUGAUUUAUGUUGCAUACAUGAUUUUUUAGAUAAAUCAUUAUUUUAUUAUGAUAAAGCUUGUUCAUAUAAUCCUUCAAAAGUAGAUUAUAUAUAUAAAAAAGGAGUAUUAUAUCAACAGAUGAAUCAAACUGAAAAAGCCAUCAAUACAUUUAAACGCAUCCUUUCAACUGAUGAAAAUCAUAUACCUACAUUAUUUUCACUGGGUAACUUAUAUAGAUAUAUUGAUAACAACAUUGCUCUUGCAUAUUUUGAAGCAAUACUUAAAAAAGAACCAAACAAUUCAGAAGUUUUAUCAUUGAUUGCAUCCUGUUAUGAUAAUUUAGGAAAUUUAAAUGAAGCUAUUUCUUAUCAAAAUAAAGUUGUUCAAAUAAAUCCUGAUAAUUUCAAUCAUAAAAAAUUUGCUCAAAGACUUAUAGAAAUGAAAUUACAAAAUUAA